AUGUCUGCGGCGAUGACGAAACCAAUAAGUGCCCGAUCUUUGGAGAUCUUCGAGAAUCUGAAACAAAAAAGCAAACACGUAGGUAGUUUUUUGACCAGAUAUUGGAAUAUGAAUUUCGGCAGUCUGAAAGUGGCACUUGUGAAGCGUCUGAAAUAGUCUUUUCUGGAAGUGACUAAUUCAUGACGAACAUUCGUUUUGCUCAACGAGCACUUCUAGUUCGGCCCGCUACCGUAAUCUUGGUUUCCUGCUCUUUGAGUUCUUCCAUAUGUUAAUUGUUUACUGAAUUAUGCGAAAAUGUCGUCAGAAGUUCGAACUCAGAGUAUUCGGUGUGUUUUUGUUCGCCAAUUCGACUUUCUCAGAGAUCUGAGCAAAAAUAAGUAUAAUUUUGAUUAUUCGACUCGGAGCGUGUUGCCAGACGCGACGGAGUACGGUAGGUGCGUGAUAAACCGGCGAUUAGGGCUCUCACGGAUUUUCCACAAUCUGGGCGGCGAAUUGGAUAAGCAACACGCUUUGUUUAUUCUCGCGAAAACACACAAUUUGUGACUUUUGAACUCCUGAUGCCAUCAUGAAAUAAACAAACAAAAAACUGAUGGCGUUCAAAAGAAGACAAUUGUCGGAGGAAACUUGAGAACCAACCGGGUGUCAAGCAAAAAAAUGCUGUAGAAUGCUGAUUUUCUGCAAAAGAAAUGACGACCUCACAGCGCCAUCACAAUCAUUAAUGUUCUUUGUUUUCAGCGCUUCGACACCGCCCUACAUGAGUGCGAUUUCAUGCGAAAAUGGCCCGAGUACGAGCCGACGGAGAUGCGUCGGGAUCUGAAAGCACUGCACCAACUGGUAAGCACUUUUAUGGCCUUAUGCGUUCUCCAAAACAGCGCGCAGUCAAAGUUGUUGCCUAGAAAAAAACCUCGACCAUAAGGCUUGAAAAGAGUGCUUCCGGGUUCACAAUGUUCGAGCGCAUUUUCAUAUAAUUACAAUCACUUCCGCGUUGGCUUCCAUAAAACAACUCGGAAAAUGGAUUUUGCAAAAAUGUCCGUACCUGAUCUAAUAGAAUCUUCUGAAGUCGUUUUCUGGAAACGCCACAGAAAACGACGUCAGAAGAGGUCGGAUACAAGUUUGCAAAAUGUGGCAACGUCAAAAAAUGGAGCAUGUGAUAUUAUAUUCUGUCAUCGGAAUUCACUCGAGUGCCUGCCACCAACGAUAAUCACGUUCGCGCGCUUUCUCACGAUGAGAACGGAUUAGCCGAAUAACCGUAAACAAGUAGAUUUGAUUUCUGGGAUUACGGUACAACUUGAAAGGUACUCUAUGGUACGAAAUAAAAGAAAUUAGACUAAUUUUGAGGAUUCCCGAAAAAGAAUUCUCUGUUUGCAACAACUAAUAGUAAGCAAGCCAAUCAAAUGUUUGUGCAUGUAUUAUAUAUUCCGAUGCUCAAAAAGCUAUAUCUAGAUGUGGGGGUGAGUGAGUAGGAGUACUGUGGGAUCACACACACCGAGACGGGCUCAUCCCGACUUUUCGCCCCGAGCCGCGCCGAAUUCGAAUUCCAAAGAUCAAACACAUUCGGAUGAUUGUUUCAGGCCACCGAAUCCGCCGUUUGCGGCCUCAACGACGGGCAUCUGAAGGCGUUCCGAGUGAUGAUGGUGCUAGAGGCGAAGCGAGCGUACGACGAACGGCUCGCCGGACUCUUCUGCGAGGACUGGUUCGACGUCGACAGUCCGGCCGACGUGUUCCGGAUCGUUUCGGGCGGACGCGAAGACGAGGAGCUGUCUCCAAAGGUUUGUGACGUCGGCCGCGUGUUACUUUGCAACUGUCUCCGGGUGUUUGGAGGGCUCCGAACGGGGAUUAGGUAGGAUUAGAUUAGGGCCAGGCGGAUAAUGAACGGAUCGAUGAUGUUUGAAGCACGCUCCACAGAUACCGUAUUCUAGUAUGUGGUGUGAAACACAAAACAUGUUCAUUAAAUAUUAUGUGUUUUUCGCUUUUCUCGCCAAACAUCCAAAAUAGUUUGGCUCAUCAGUAGGUAUACUCGACCGAAACACAUUGAUCUGAUUCACUGGAGCAAGUGCACUUUCCACUUUCCCGCUGAGACCAAUCAUGAUGUGAUGGGGCUCUUCUUUUUUGCUUUUGUGUGCACGUGUGACUCCUUGUCGAUAAUCUGGCGGGACACAGACGUGAUGUAUGUGUCUGGAACACUUGUGGAUUAGGAAACUUGUGAACGGAUUAGCCCGAAGAGUUCGGAGAUUAGAAGGCGAAAGUUUGGGCGCAAAAGAGAUGGUUUGUAGAUUUUCAACCUUCAAACGUGAAGAAGUGAUGAAAAUUGAAGAAGAAAAUGGAAAAUCUAAUUGAAUCGAUCAACCUAGUCAUCGUCUAUUUCUGAACUCCAACUUUGUCUCUUUCUCCCACCGAAUGUACCGCCUAAUCUGCGGUCAUUGUCUUCUUCUUCUUCUUCUUCUUCUGACGUGCGAUCUUCUGAAUUCGGAGAAGAUGUUACGAGGGCUGUAAAUCGUAGAGGGGCGACGACGAUAUUCAUUUCGAAAUUAAAUUCGAGAUGCACUUUUGCGGAGACGUCAUCUCUUGCGCCAGGAAAUCGCAUUGUUUUGCACUAGAAUCUACGACAUUUCCAACCCGGGCGGGGGGGGAACUCUUCUUCUUGAAUGUUCCGCAGCGAAUCACUCAAUCGAACGCUAAUUCUGUUUUUGUGGGAGAAUUCGCACAAUUCACACGGAUUUUCAUUUGAAUGGCUGACACGCCGCCAUCGCCUACGUCAGAACCUAGUGAAUGUGUUUUUGCACAGUUCGCUGAGAGAAUCGCACACACCUGAGUGCGUUGGUGAGCAGGGGACCGCGAGCACAACCGCAUGACUUUUGGGUACGAGUGUACACUGCAUUUCUUCUCGGUGAGAUCAUCUAGUAAAUCUGAUGUGUGACAAGUUUGGAUAAUAUUAGUCGACUCGAGCAAUAGAGCGCAACACAAAUACUCCUCUAAAUUUCAGAUACUGUGGAACAUCCUGUGCCGAAUCAGCGGAGUUUCGCUUGAGAUCAUCGACGCGCGCGGUCUCUCGGAACGUCCGCAACUCCGUCGAUUCUCCGCGUCGGCCGCUCCGACUUCAGCGCCGUCGCUCACGUGGCUCCGACUCGGAAGACGUCCGGUUCCGCUCUUCUACAUCCCCGACGACGAAUAA